AUGUCUUUUAAUGAUGCUAGAUUUAAUCAGGAUGGAACUUGCAUAUGUGUGGCCAAUGAUCAUGGAUUCAAAAUCCUAAAUACUAAUCCGCUAGUUAUCACCUGUGAUCGAGAUUUGCGCAAUAAGAAUGUUGGAAGUAUCGGAAUCGCAGAGAUGUUGUAUAGGUCCAAUUUAUUGGCAUUGGUGGGAAAUGGAGAAUAUUAUGACAUUCGCAAAGGUGCAAUGAGAUCAGUUCAUAAGUUCAUUAAGCCCUGGAAACAAAAUGUUGUUACAGUUUGGGACGAUAAAAAACAUGUUGAGGUCGUUCAACUUGUUUUUAAUGAUUCUAUACUCAACAUCAAACUCAUGCAUGAUAUGUUGGUUGUGGUAUUGAAAUAUAGAGUCUAUGUGUAUCAAAUGAGUGAUGUAAGUCUAUUGGAUUGUUCAAGCACCAUAUAUAACUUGUUGGGUAUUGUUUCAACUUCAAGUUCCAAGUCCUUAAACAUUAUCGCUUAUCCUGGUAAGCUGAGGGGCACUGUGAUUGUCCAAUUAUAUACGAAAUUGAAAGGAAAAUCAGUAUUUUCAGAAGAAGAUGAGCUUUUUUCAUCAGAACAAAACCGUGAAACCCCUGUAAAUUGUAUGGAAACGUUUGAUUUGAGUGAAGUUUUAGAGUCGGGUGAAGAGGUUGGAGGUUAUAAAAAAGUAGUGUUGAAGAUGAAAUUACAUAGAAGUGAGAUUACAGCCGUAGGUUUAAGCCCUAACGGAUAUCUGCUGGCUACGAGUUCUCAGGAGGGACAAUUUAUUAAGUUAUUUGACACUUUAUCUGGUGAAUUGAUUCAAGUGUUUCGUAAAACAAAUCGCUUUGGCCGAGUUACAAAGUGUUUAAUCGAUAAAGAUUCAAGAUGGUUGGCAGUGGUUACUGACCGUCCGAAACUAUAUGUGUAUGAAAUUGAUCAGGAAGCGAUUAGGGAUUGCGAAUUUGGAAACCAACGCCGUAAAGUCAACUUUGCAAAUUCGUGUAUUGUUGAUAUUAAUAAUGAUCAUUCCAACGUGGGAAAGUACUUUAAAAUGUAUAAAUAUUCAAUGACUAACCCCGCAACAAAAUGUGGAUAUGAUAAAUUUUGCAAUAAAAUCGUUAAUAAAACAGUUAUGCUAUUAAAUUCUUUCACAUACAUUUGUUCAUACAGACCUAUGAAUAAGGAGAAUAUAUUGGAUUGUGCAUUUAUGGAGGGCGAAAGUAUGGGCGUGGUAUUGCAGAGCGGAAAGGCUCUUAAGCUCUACUUUAACCCAUGCAAAUCAACUCAAUUGAAAGUCCUCUUUUAUCAUUAUCUUUAA